UUACAUCUUGGAGGGUUAUAUCCACUCGGUUCAUACAGUCUAUUUUGUAUUUCUUUAGGUUACUGCAACCCUUUUCCCCGUCUGUCAGGGUGCCACUUUUCUGUUGGGCUGGCGCUCCUUUUGAGCGUCCCGUCGCCUGUUGCGGCGGGGGGAGCCUCUGAUUUUCUUCCUCACGCAUCAGAUGAUGGUGGUAAGACAUCAAGAAGUCCCCCUCGCGGUUUGCUUUGAGGAUCAAGUUUAGGCGAUGGACAGGAUAUCUGCCGACUUGGCGAUCUGAAGAAACCUCCGACAAUGCUGGGAGAAUCUUCUGUUCUCCUGUGGAGAUGAAACGUUGGGUAAAGUAGUUGGCUCAUAGAAACUAAGGGAGCAGAGAUCACAAUCUGAAGGAACGAGCUCGAAGCCUGUUGAUUCAAUCGUUGACGUAGCCGGGAUUUGAUCGACCGGUUCGGAUGCUCUACAGGGUAGAAAGCGGCAAAGCGGAGACCGGUGCAACACCGGAACGAGCUGGCCCAGCCUGGAACUGGCGUUUGACCGAUUGUGGGAUCCACUCGGACAAUGCGGGGGGCACGUCAGUCGCACUGACAAACUAUCCGCUGCCCGCAAUGAUGAGCCUUUUGGGUGCAAGAUAUCUUUCAUGGAGGUGUUUCUUCUUGUGAGGAGCACAGUUCAAGACGCUUGAAACAAUCGGAGUCUAUGGCGCGUUUGCAGAUCUAAAAAGAGGCGCAAAAUGAAGUCAAGGAUCCUUGCCUCCUUGACGACCACUCUUGACCCACUGGAUGGAAUCUGCUCUGAAAAUAACUCAGAUCCGAUCAAGGUGCAUAUCUUUGUGACCGCCACAGCCCAGAUCCAUUUUAACCCGGAGGGUCCGCGACAGCCCAGGUCCAUUUUAAGACGAGAUUUGUGAUCGGAUGAUACCGAAUCAAUGCUUCUUUCUCUUCCCUCCUCGUGCACUCCCGCUCAAUCGCAAAAUGACCCUCCCCUCCGCGUCACCGCCGGCCCGCCUACCAGCUAAAGAUAGUCUCUGUGCCCCUGGGCAUUUGUGCGAGAUGCGGGCACGGUGCCUGUUGACUCCAUUAGCCUGACAACAUCGUCAGCAGGACCUAGAUGUCGACACGGUACAAAAGCAAUGCCUUCCUUCUCCAGUCUCCUCAGCUUUGUCGUGCUCGCCGCGAUUGUCUCGGCCGCUCCUUCGCAGACCGACACCGCCAAGCGCGCCACCUGCACGGUGAACAGCGUCGCCAGCGCGUCGAAUCUGUCGAGCUGCACGGACGUUGUGAUCGAGGCGUUCACGGUGCCCGCCGGCAAGACGAUCACGAUCGCGGCAGCCAGUGGUGCGACCGUCACCAUGAACGGCGACAUCACGUUCGCAAAGACCACCGUGAGCGGGCCGCUCAUCACGUUCAAAACGCAGAACAUCAACUUCAACGGCGGGAACCACCGCAUCGACGGCAACGGCGCUCUGUACUGGGAUGGACAAGGCACGAACGGAGGAUCGUUCAAGCCCCACCCCUUCGUCAAAUUCCAAGGCGACGGCACGUUCUCCUCGGUCACCGUUCUUAACUCGCCUGCUCAAGCGGUCUCGGUCGGCACCACGGGCAAGUCGACGAUCCAGCAAGUCACGAUCGACAACUCUGCUGGCAACGCCAAGGGCCACAACACCGACGGAUUCGACAUCAGCGCGUCGGACGUGACGAUCACCAACAGCAAGGUGAUGAACCAGGACGACUGCGUCGCCGUCAACUCGGGCGACAGCGUGACGAUCGAGAGCACGACCUGCACGGGUGGCCACGGGAUCUCGAUUGGCUCGAUCGCGUCGGGCAAGUCGGUGACGAACUUCCGCGCGACGGGCAACACGGUCAGCAACAGCAAGUACGGGCUGCGGAUCAAGGUCGAUGCAAACGCAUCCGGUGCAAAGGUAUCUGGUGUGACAUACACUGGCAACACUCUGUCCGGCAUCAGCGACUACGGUAUCUUGAUCUCGCAGAGCUACCCGACCGAGGACGGCACCACUGUCGGGACUGGCGGGCCGAUCUCGAACGUUGCGUUCAACGGCGCGAAGACGACUCUCGCCGUCGACUCGAGCGCAUACUCCGUGGUUGUGAACUGCGGCGCGUGCUCUGGCACGUGGGACUGGUCCGGGCUCGACGUGACCUCCGCUGGCAAAGGCCACAAGCUGUCCGUGAACCAGGCAAAGAUCUCGGGUGGUACCUACUAGUUCACUUCUCAGUCUUAGAAACCUGUUUCUGCUCUCAUCACCUCUCCGUAGACUAAUGUCCCAUGCUACUAUUCGUAUCUUCAUC